UUUGUGUGAACCGCGGAUUGGAUCUUCCGCCACAAAUUUCCGAUAUAAGGAUGAUGAUUAUCUACCUUCUAGAAUGUCAUUUUGUAAACUUCAAAGGGCAAAUCCGUCCAAGCGAAAAGUCAAGCCUCCUGCGGUUUCCUUCUUCAUCAUUGCGGAAAACGAAUAGGAUUCCGCGGAGCGAUCCAUUAAUUUUCUUUCCUUCGUUUCCAAGAUCCCAAACACAGCCCCUAGCUCUUCGCUUUUAUCUGCUCAGAGGUAGAAAAGGAGGAAACGAAACCAAACCCUAGGGUUCAAUUAUAACAAGGGAUCAGAUAUCUGCAUAAUUUUGAAGAAGAAUGCUGCACAGGAGCUUCAAGCCUGCCAAAUGCAAGACAUCGCUGAAGCUUGCGGUGUCUCGGAUAAAGCUCUUGAAGAACAGGAGAGAAGCGCAGCUGAAGCAGAUGAAGAGAGAUUUGGCUCAAUUACUCCAGUCUGGACAGGACCAGACUGCCAGAAUUCGGGUUGAACAUGUAGUCAGGGAAGAGAAGACAAUGGCAGCAUAUGAUCUUAUUGAGGUAUAUUGCGAAAUGAUUGCAGCACGGUUGCCAAUCAUCGAAUCACAGAAAAACUGCCCCAUUGACUUGAAGGAAGCAAUUACUAGUAUAAUUUUUGCAUCUCCAAGAUGUUCUGACAUACCAGAACUCAUGGAGAUCCGCAAGCAUUUUACAGCAAAAUAUGGAAAAGAUUUUAUUUCUGUGGCUCUUGAGCUACGCCCAGAAUGUGGUGUAAGCCGCAAUUUGGUAGAGAAAUUAUCUGCCACAGCACCUGAUGGUCAGACCAAAAUCAAGAUUCUGGCAGCAAUUGCUGAGGAACAUAACAUCAAAUGGGAACCUAAGUCCUUUGAGGAGAAUGAAUCAAAGCCUCCUGAGGUCUUGCUGAGUGGAGCAGACACCUUUGAGAAGGCUAGUAAAAUGCAGAUGGAACCUCCUGAUGUCCAAGCUCCACUUAGCCAUGGACAAAAGCCAGAUGUUCCUGUUAACCUCUAUGAACACAAUGUGAGGUCAUCACAGAGCUCCCAUAAUAUGUCAUCAUACAACUCCCAAAAUAUGUCAUCCCUCAGUUCCCAAAAUAUAUCUUCUACAGACUUUGGUGCUAAUAAAGCAACAAUGUCAGGCAGUUCUCCACCUGAACCAAGGCCUUCAGGAACUGUAUAUGAGGAGAUGGGUUUCAGACAUUCCUACUCUGAAAAUGUGAAUCCUCUUUCUCCAGGUAGGCAAAAUUGGAAUAUGGAAUUCAAGGAUGCAACAGCUGCUGCACAGGCAGCUGCUGAGUCUGCGGAACGAGCAAGUAUGGCUGCUAGAGCUGCUGCAGAACUUUCGAGCCGUGGGAGGGUUAACACACAGUAUUCCACAGAAUCGCAGAAGUCAUCUGCUUUUGAUUCUAGGGAUGAAGGACCUGGAAAAUUUGCUGGCUCAAAAUUUCAGGGGGAACAUCUCUCUAAGGUGUCAGCAAAUAAUUCCUUUCAUGAUAGAAAUCCUAGAUCACAAAAUGUACAGAUGGAUGGAAAUCAACAAGAUAAUCUGGAGGGAGUGUCUGAGAGGCUUUACAGGGAUGGUAAUCAUAGGAAGUCUAGUCAAUAUUCUUCUUUGAAGUCCGACCCAUCCUCUAUAGAUGAGGUGAAUACUGGCCAAAGGUCAGAUAGCUAUUCUCAAAGGAGUUCAUCUGCAGUGGAGGCCACAAAAUUAGAGAAGGGCAACUUCUUCGAACAAUCCGACAAGUCUGAGGUAGGAUUUCUGAGUGAACACCAAGGUGGUAUGAAGAAUGAGAAUGUUGAUUAUUCAGGGAAUGCAAGGAUCAAAAGAGAAUCUAGCACUCUUUCCCCUCGUUCUCAUUCAAGCGCUUUUGGUGAUGCUUAUGAUGAAAUUUCGAAUUUAAGCAUCCUGAGGUCUGAUAAUGAUGCUGGCGAAAACCCUUUUGCUGCUCGUGUAGUUUUUGAUGAAUAUGGUUCAGAUGACAAUGACCAUAAAUUUGAUGUGGGAAGCAAGGAUAGUGAAGAAGAGUUGAAUACUGACUUCCAAUCACUAGGUAGAAAAUCGCCUACUCAUCUUUCAGCAAAUACAAGUGCUUGGAGUCCUAGGCAAGGCAGGAGUGGGUCAAUGGAAAAGUUGAGUUCACAAUCCGAUUUUUCCACAGAAUGGCGCUUCCCUCAUGAUUUUUCUGAAGGCCUGAUAAAAUCAAAUUCUGUAGCUCCUUCACAACCAGAAAACUUGUUGCCAGGAACAUUUGAUGAUUCAGAUGGCCUGAGUUCAGAAAGUGAAAAGGAGCUGGACGAGCCCAUGUUUAGUGGGAGAACAGAUCCUAGUAUCAUCCAUCUUAAUGAGAAUGUUCAUACAAGAGACCCUGAGCCAACCCAAAGUGAGACUCAGGAGUUAGAAGGAUCCUCAUUCGGGGAAAAGGGAAACUCAAGAUCAAACAGAAAGCCUUGGGUAGAUUCCUCUUCCGAUGAUUCAGACACCACAGUCCCAAAGAGAAACCAAAGAAGAGAAUUUAAAGCUGAAUCUCAGAAGAAGUUUGGUUUCAGUGACGUGUCUUCUCCAGGACGGUUAAAAUCCGUAGUGGAUCAGAAUGAUUUGGACCGUGAACCAUUUUAUAAUCCAGCGGAUGAAGAGAAGCAUCCACAGUCUCAGCGAUCUUCUAGGCUUUCAUUUGUUCAUGAAGUUAAGGAUAAAGAUGACUUUGACACAAAAAAUUUGCCUAGUAUCAUGAAAAGUACUGAAGUUGGAGGCCUGUCGAGUUGGGAAAGUGGAAAGGAGUUAAAUUUUGAAACAUUAACAGGUGGCUUUCGAAAUAAGGGCUAUAAGCGUCCACCAUAUGUUACCCAACCAUCAAGUAAUGCUUCAUCCUUGUCCAAACCAACAGCUGAUGAUACUCCCCCUACCGUCCAGCAAUCCGUUGCUUCCUCCACUCCUCAGCAUUCCAUUGCUUCUACAGCCACUCAGCAAUCAACUGGCUCCUCAUCAGUUAAGUCUUUAGCGAGCCAUGCAGUUCACAGUCAAGAGGCAUACAAUCAGGAAGCCAGAACAAAAGUAAACAAAAAAUCCACGUCAAGAAGUAGACCUACAUAUUUUGAUUCAGAUACUGAUGAUUCAGAGGAGGAGCUUCCAGAACUCCCACAACAUAGCAGUAAAAAAGAGUCCUACAAUCAGAAAGCAGGUGUAAAAGAUAAUACAAAAUUGAGCCCAAUAGGUCCAAUUACAUAUUUUGGUAUGGAUGAUGAUUCUGAGGAGGAUAUCCCAAAGCCUACUCUAACAAGCACAGGUCGUCCAACUAGCAGCUUUUCUCGAAGGACAAAGGCUUCUUCAAACUUUGAAACAAGUUCUUAUUCUAAGUCUGCAGCUACAUAUGAGUCAGCGACAGCAUCAAACAACAGUGCAGAGAGGAAAACUUCUUCCAGGAGAUCCCAUUCUACUGAAACUAUGCCAAAUGCCUGGUCCCAGACCAUGAGCUCAGGUCAGCAGGAAAGGAAACUGUCUUCACAGAGGCUCCAUGCUACUGAAUCUGCACCUGAGUCCCAGUACCAGACCAAGAGCCCAAGCCAGCAAGAAAGUUCUGAAUGGCAUAGAUCUUCAGAACAAGCAACUCAUAAGCCAAUGCCUGAACCCAAGACAUCCUUGGAGAAGGAAAGUUCAAAAUAUCCUGCAAUAGAACAACAAUCCAAUCCUGUUCCAAAAACAGUUGCUUCAGGUGGUUCUGAAAGUUCAAAGCCUUCAAGUUCAAGUACAGAACCCCCAUCUAGGGAAAAUUCCAUCAAGAAAGCGAGUCAUGUUCACCCAAAGCUCCCUGAUUAUGAAAGCUUAGCUGCCCGUUUCCAGUCUCUCCGUGUGAAUCGCCAGUAAAUAUUUUUAGUUGCAGUUUGUUAUGGAUUUGUAUUUUUUUACAUCUUUGCAUAAAAUUUAUCAGAUUGUAUAUCUGAAUGGGAACUGAAACUGAUACCGUUAUAGGAUCUGUACCAUAGCUCCUCUGUCCAUUUUGAGUCGAAACAGUUAAUUGUGUCUGUGAUGAGAAUAUAGUGCUCAGGAAUUGAUAUCAGGGAAUAAAGUUGUAGAAUGAACUUCUGAGCUUCA